UGCUCGCAGCUACGCUCGGACCAUGCAUUGACGCGACUCUUGUCGCCUCAGCUCUCCCUCGGUCAAAGUUGGGGUCAGGAACUGUCGGAUUGUCGAUUCAAGGGCGGCACCGCUGGCAAGGUUCCCGCUCCGGCUUUGCCCAAGAUUGCCAUCUUGUUUCUCGUUCCCUUUGAAAUUUUACCCGCCUUACCGCGUCUGGGGUCCUCGCCAUGGCGAACCCCUUCGCCUUCAAGUCCGCCCAGGUAACCUUCUGGACGACGGCUGUUUACUUGGCGCUGCUUAUACCCCUUGUCCUGAUAAACGAGGGCGUGCCUCCUGUCAACCCUGAUGGCUCUCUCUUCCUGGAUCGCGGCCUCAACAUAACCGAGGCCUGGGCCGAUCUGCAGGAGAUCACGCAGUACUUCCACCAUCAGAACAGCAGGGAGAACGACGAUGUGCGGGACUACCUGCUGCGCCGUAUGAAGCAGAUUGUCCACGAGAAUGAAGCGCAGGGCCAGACCACCAUCUUCAACGAUCUGUCGUCAAAUCUGACCUUCAAUCACUAUGGUAUCCCCGUCCACUACCAAGGGAAUAACCUCUAUGUCUAUAUCCGUGGCCAGGAUGAUGUGGAGGGUGAGUGGUGGCAUGAUGCGACGGCCGGCAAGCCCGUCGGAAAGGGAGGAGUGCUGGUAAACGCUCACUUUGACUCCGUGGCAACCGCAUAUGGCGCUACAGACGAUGGCAUGGGCGUGGCGACAGUCCUCCAGAUGAUCAGGUACUUUACCACGCCUGGAAACCAACCGCGCCGUGGCAUCAUCGCCCUGCUCAACAACGCCGAGGAGCCGGGCCUUCUGGGUGCCGCGGCCUUUGGACAGAGCCCCUUGCUGCCCUUUAUCCACACCUUCCUCAACCUGGAGGGUGCUGGCGCCGGCGGCCGCUGCGUCCUUUUCCGCACCACCGACCAAGAGGUGACGAGCGCCUUUGCCAACGUGCAGUCGCCCUUUGGCUCCGUCAUUGGCUCCGAUGGCUUCAAGCUAGGCCUCAUCCGGAGCGGGACUGAUUAUUCAGUCUGGCACGACAUCUUCGGUCAGCGCGGCCUCGACCUCUCAUUUUUCAGGCCGCGAGCACUUUAUCACACGAACCAAGAUGACGCCAGACACGCGAGCAGGCGGAGCCUCUGGCAGAUGAUGGCCAACUCGGCCACCACCCUGAUCAAUCUCUCGGCCGAGACGGGCUCAGACUACGUUGGCGAACGACCUGACGGGGCCAAGGACAAGGUCCCGAACGGAUCCCCCAGCGACGGUGUCUGGUUCGACCUUUUCGGGAGCUCCUUUGUGCUUUUCAGCCUGAGGGGCAUGUUUGCGUGGUCACUGACAAUCCUGAUCGUGGGACCCCUAACUCUGUUCCUCAUGUUUUACCUGGUCCAUGCGAAGGACAAGGGUUAUAUCUUCUCCUCAAAGUUGACAUCCGCCAGCGACGGCCCAGACGGAGCCGAGUCCAUACAGCUAGGCGGUUGGAAGGGCCUGUUCCGCUUCCCGGUUGCCCUCGCUGUUUCCGGGGCAUUGGUCGUCGGGUCAGCUCUGCUGCUCAAAAAGAUGAACCCAUUCAUCAUCUACAGCAGUGAAUAUGCCGUUUGGGCCAUGAUGAUGUCGCUCUUUUAUAUCGUCUUUUGGGCCAUUAUGAGGGGUGCCAGUAUCAUGCGGCCAAGCGCGCUACAUCGACUUUAUACCCACCUAUGGCUCUUCUUCCUCGGAUGGGUCGUGCUCGUCGCUGUAACAGUGCUGGAGGAUAGGAGGCAGAUCGCCUCAGGCUACAUGUUUGUCUUCUGGGAGUCGCAGGUCUUCCUGUCAACCUUGCUUGCCGUGUGCGAUCUUUUCUCUCUGCCCAAGAAAGCGGAUAUUGCGCGAGGCCUCGAGGAGGAGGACCAGAUCCGCGACCAUCUCAACGCCGUUCCUCAUGCCGACGAUCUGAUUUCGCCCUCACCUGGCGAGGCCGCGAGCCAGAGAGAGGAGGGGCGAGGACAUGGUGACUCGGAAGAGGACGAUCAAGAGCCCGCCACCGAAGAGACGCCACUCUUCCGGAAAUCCCAUGGUGGCAAGCUUGACACUUCGCUCUUCCGCAGGGGCUAUCGCCGCUCUUUAUCGGCCAUGAUAGACACGUCCAAGGCCGGACAGGAUGGCGAGCAAAUCCGGCAGCACGAUGAGCUAUACGGCAAGGAACAGUUCUGGUCGGGAGAGAUGGUCUCGUCGACGUGGCUGCUGCAAUUCCUGCUUCUGGGACCAUUCCUCAUAAUUCUUGCGGCACAAAUCGGACUGCUUGCCACCUCGGCUGUGAGCCAGACUGGCGUGGACGGCUCCAACCAGCUAACGCCGUUCCUCGUUAUUGCGAUCCUCAGCAUCGUGCUGCUUACACCACUUUCCCCCUUCAUCCACCGAGUGAGCAAGCAUCUGCCUUUGCUACUUCUUGCCGUCUUCUCCGGCACGCUCAUUUACAACCUCACCGCGUCGCCCUUCUCGCCCAUGGCGCCCUACAAGAUCUUCUUCAAGCAGACGAUCGAUCUCGAGACGGGCGUGACGGCCGUCCGGAUAUCGGGUAUCGAGCACUACCUACAUGACAUCAUCGCGGACAUCCCCUCGGCGGCGGGCCAGGCUAUCGAGUGCGGACCCAGCAUCAGCCGCAGGGAUCUGGCCGAUUGUGUUUACGACGCCACCAAGGUACCGCCACGGCCGGCCUACGGCAGCGGCAACGACAGCCUGGAGCUGGCCCCCAACAUGCCACCCACGACGGAUUACUACAAGAAGCUGCUCGAUGUCCGCAUCUCGGAUCGUUACUACGCCGCCGCCGCCGCCGGCAAGCGCGUCGGUCGCACGUCGGCGCGCAUCCACAUCAACGCCGUGAACACGCGCGUCGUCGAGCUCCGGUUCCCCGCCGAGGGGCCCGUCAUCCGGUCAGUGAGCGUGGUCGGGGCGGAGCCCUGGGACGCGCGGUUCGGCGCCUUCCCGGAGGAGGGCGCCCGGCUCGUCCGGCUCUGGAGGCGCGACUGGGACCGGGGCUGGGCCGUGGACCUCACAUGGGACGGCGACCGCGGCCUGGACGGCGAUGCGGUCGCGCUGUGGAGCGACGCCAACGAGGCGGCGGACGCCAUGCCGGCCUUCCGCGAGGUGGUCAUGUACGCGCCGCCGUGGGUCGCCGUCUCCAAGGCGUCGCCGGGGCUGGUGGAGGGCAAGAAGGCCUUCAAGAUCUAAUGUGGAAGGUACCAUUCAUGACGAGGGGUCAUCCUGUCAUGUUGAGAUUUGAUGUUUUUUUUUUUUCUGGUUCUCUACACCUAUCCUGCAAUUAUGUUUUUGAUUAAGAUUGUCAACACCGUAGCAUCGUGGCCUUGGAAUCGAGGUCACAGGUUUCCAUUUUACAAUGUAUCAAAUCAAAUCAAUAUCUAUCCAAACUUUGGCUGAUACCAUAUCACCCUCC